AUGGCAAGGUCAGGCAAAGAAGAUGUCGAGGCCCCACCAAUUGCCAUGUUCCGCAACAACCUGACCGCUUUGUCUCAGUACCGGAACCUUCUAUUUGUUGCCUACAUCGACAAAGUCUACGUCUAUAAGCCCAGCUUCCCCGAACAAACCAUUACCCCUAAGCCAGAAUUGGUCAUCGACCUUCCCAGAAGUCGGCCAGGUCUCAGAGGGUAUUUGGACCCAAGUAGACCACAUGCUGUUAACCACCUGAUCGUUGGUGAGAUAGGUGAUGAGGAAGUGGUUGUGGUCGCCUGCGACGACGGCGAUGUUAUCUCUUACAAUUUGCGCUCUAUAUCUCUUGCAAUCGACGAAGGGGCCGAAACUCUCAUUGGACCCGAUCCCUAUGAGAUUCAAAAACUCAAACGCUACAGAGAAAGCGGCUGGGCAAAUCUCAUUCUUCCUGUCGCUGAUCCCCACAGGACUCCAGGCUUUCGCGUUCUGGCCGCAUGGUUCCAUGAGAAUGUUGGUGCCAGUGCUUGGGGCCUUGCAACGCACAAAGGCACUAGGCUCCUGGCAGUGAGUUCAAAUACGAGGGAGAUUAUCGUCUUUGCGCCUUCUCUCAGCCCGGACAGGAGUCAGGCUUCUUGUUUGACGCGUCCACCUCCAAAAACGAUGGAAAGGUACACGGCUUGUGAGACAAGAAACUCAAUCGCCUCGAGAGAUCGGUCUCUAGGUAGAAAGGUCACUCUUCGAGGCCAUGUGACAAACAUACCUAAUAUCGCAUUCUGUGAUAAUAGUCUAGACCCUGAGGGGAGCUACUUGGCGAGCACAGACAUCGACGGAUGUACAAUCGUAUGGGAUAUCUGGGGUGGUAUCCGGAUCCUUGAGACUCUUGGAAGUGCUGGUCCUCGUAAGCCAAACAAAAUUCUCGCUAGUCGCACUUUUACUCAUUUCAGAGAAUCAGAUGCUCGAGGUUGGACUGUUGCUUGCUUGGAUCCUCGAACUUCGAGACUUAGGUACGUUGUUCGGGAGUUGUGA